GUUGGAUUUGGGGAGGGGGGGGGGCUGCAAUAGCCUAUUUAAAAAUGACUAAGUCGUGAUUUUGAUAUAAUAUGUUUUUUUUAAGUGGAUAUUUUUGGAUGGAUAGGCUUUAUGGUCAUGCAGCUGUGUCUCAAACUGUAAGUGGAAUAGAAAAUGGUUGAGUCAGCAGAAGCCAGAUGAGGUGAUAAUAAUCCGUUGUGCUUUGACACCUUCGUCCCAUUCUGUUGGGUUCAUUCAUAAAAUGAAACUUGACAACAUGUGAAACAUGCAAAGAACUUACUUUUGGCACACACCUCUGAGCUUACUUACACUGUAAUUACGGAUACAUCACAGACACCGCUCCUGUGUGAGGUAUUUCUCUUUUCUUCUUUUUUUUGGCAGUGUAGGUUUCCAUCAGAAAACACUCACCCACAUUCCCACGUUGGUGAGAAAUCCCUUAAAUAAGCAACCCUGGUGUCUAUUUUAAUGUUAAAACCUAUAGUUUCACCAGAUCCGUGUGAGUCUGACGCUGCUUAGCCUCUCAAAGGGAUGCAGCGUAUGAGUUAAAAUUGGUAAAAGUUGGAAGUUUUUCUUCUUUUCAGCUUUUCCUUACUGUUUUGUUUCACCCCCCAUAUGAAGUGCAUGUUUAUUGUCGUGUGUGCAGUGUGGAUAAUCAAGCUGAUAAAGGUCAAUGAAUGUGUGCAGAAAAAAAUCUAUUGAACCUUAAUUUCAGGCCAGUCGUAUCACUGUCAGGCUGGCGGCGGCUUACUGCAGGACAAAGAUGUUCUGUUCUCUGUUGCCUGGCAUUGCCUUAGUAUUAAAAUGAAAAUGUGCCAGAACAGGACACAGCUGAAACCGGAGUGAAUCCUAUUCAAAGGCCAGAAACACUUGUUAGAGGAUGUGUCGUUGGACAGCGGGCAUUGUGCCAAUUUGUGCACGGGCCCUUGGACCCAUUCAGUUUCUGAUUUUGUCCCAAGGUGGCCGACGGCUGGCAGCUAUCUCUGACGCGUCUCAUGUUUAAUGCAAACCGGGCCAUUGUUGUGUCCUUUCAGUGCAUCUGUCACACUUCAUACACUGCUGCCGCCUGUUGAACUGAGUAACACUGUUUUAGAUUCCCGUUUGCAAGGUUGCUGGUCUAGACAUUUUAUUUUACACUGGCAAAGUCAGCCUCUCAAGGUUUGAAAAAAGAAGCGCCGUGUCCUCAGCAGAUUCCAUAGCCGGACACUUUGCAGCUGUUGCAGAAUUGAGCAUGAGUGGGAGAGGCAUGGGAUCACCACAACUCCACUAAUCCUCAUAAUCAGCUCAUGGCCCGAUCGGUCAAAAUAGGAGUGACAGUAUCCAGGGACCUCAAAUGGAAGCAGGUUAAAUGAACACCCGCUGCCCAUUCAAUGCUUGUUGAGAUUCAACAACUUGUCUGCUGUAGAUUGACUGCUAAGCCUCUUGAAUCUAAGUCUUUCUCUACCCCUCCAUCUGCCAUUCAUUAUUUGCUAAUGUAGAAAGAUUAGCUUCAAAGGGAACAUUUGCUUUGCUUUCCUGUUUAAGUGCAAAGUUGGACCCAAAGACCCACAUUUUUCAAUUUGUUUUUCCAGACAAGCGACACUUUUUCUCGCUCCUUUAAAGUCACAGUGGUGAUAUGAGACUAUUCUGGUACGUGUCCGUCCUGCCAGCCGCCCCACAAUAAGCGGUCUGGCUCACCAAAGUGGAAAAGCAGACAUUGACAUAUGCUUGGGACCGUAAUUUAUAAAUAUUUCUCUUUGGGAUUCUCCACCAACGGAUAUGUGUCAGUGGUUCAUAAUGAGUAUUUCUCACUGCAGUCGCAGCUGGAGCUGCCGUUGGCGGCCUCGUGACUCGUGGCGUCACUGGUGUCCGCUAAGAGCGGCCAAGAGAGCGGGUGUGGUUAACAUCUUGUGCUUAUUGCCUCGGCUUUAUCAACAGCGCUUUACGGAAUAGCCCAGUGUGUGUGUGUGUGUGUGUGUGGUACACACAUACAGUCGUUUUUAGGUCUGUCAUUUGAAUGUGCUUCAAACAGACGUUGUAUGUUCAGAAUUGUUGCAGUAGUCCAACUCUUUUUGGCUUGUGACCACUUCAAUAGAACAGUGCCGGCUUAUUUGAUAGAAUCCUUGGUCCGUAUUUGUCAGUAGAUUGUGGCAACGUGGAACCAAAAGUAAAGACCAGCAAAUGUUGAAAUGAUUGUACUCAUACUAAAUAAUAAACACUUGCUGGCAGUUAGUUAGUUACCUUUCGUAAAAGAAACGCCAUUGCUGAUUCAAGAGAUACAAUUCACCUCGUCCCCAUUCCUGUGAUUUCAAGUCUGCUGCGUUUGCUAUGAGAUGAGAUUCAUUCUUUUAAAAAUGGUCCUGGUCCCACAUGGCUCCGAAUAGAGUGGAAGCACCUGGGUCUCCCCCCGAACCACGGUGGCCCCUCUGGUCACUUAAUCACCAACGCAGUUAAUUUGUUACAACACACCCUCCGUUCUCCUGUUCGGUGUAUUAUUGGUAGUGGGAAUAUAUAGAACACACACUGUAUGCACAGUAUUUGUGUGUGUGUGUGUGUGUGUGUUUAAAUCACACUUUCCCCCAUUUUAUAAAAAUGCGAUCAAGCAGUUAAUAUCUCAUUUUACUGUCAUAGUAAUGAGCAGUACUAAGCUUUUUGUAGGCCUUGUAGUUGAGAGGUGAAAUAAUCAACAUACUCCCAUUCUAAGAAAAGUCUGUGUGAGAUGGAAACAAAGAAUUAAUAUUAUGGAAGAAUUUUGUUUGUUUCCAUUUCAAAAUACAGCUCAUUAAAGGAACCACUUCUUGGCUAUAACUUCUCAGACUCGUCACUUCCCCGGUGCAGCUUGUUCCUGAAGCCUCUGCUCUCCGUGUGUGAGGACAUGACGUUACACAGGUGUUUCCUUCACGUCAUCACCGGCAGCAAAACAAUACUUGAGUCAGACCAUCUGCGUCGCUCACACAUGUGCCGUGUUUGUGUGCACGGUGUGUAUUUCUCCCCCUCGGUGAGAACCGACGGCACGACGUCACGUUUCCAGGUGUCGCGAUACAAUUUCGUCAGCGGAAGGUUUCCUAACACGUCAACCCGAAAACAUCAGUUGUGUUUCAGUUCCUCGGAAAUCAAAGUUAUCAACAAUCAAAGACGAAACACGCCUCUGUGUCCUCGGCCUCUCUCACGCACACACGCUUGUUCACCUUUUGCAGUCCAGAUGUGUGCAGGCUGCGCUGCGCAGUGGCAACGACCUGCCGACUGAUACAGCUCCCAUUUGCGCUCUUGUGGUAUUUUUCUCCAGUUGUAAUGUCCCGGCCCAAGGGAGGGCCGCAAUCGCAAUCAGGAAAUAUGGAUUUCUCCUUCCUCCUGCAGAGGAGGAGGAGGAGGAGGAGCGGUGGCGCUCGGGGCAGCCGUCUACUCAGCUUUAAUCUCCCAUCUGGAUGUAAUUUACUGUGGUUUACACAGGGAGAAAAGCGUUUACUGUAAUAGAGACCACAAUUACCACCGGUCAGCCUUAUCUCAAGACCUGUGUCGUGUGUGUGUUUGCAGAUAGAGUCCAUGGUUUACACAGUGGUUGUGUGUGUUUGUGUGUGUCUUUAAGGGGGGACAUUUGCACAUGAAUUAAUGGACUUGUGCUGAGGAAAUGAUGUUUAUCUAAAUCUACAUUUGUUAGCUUGAUGCCGUUUUACUGUUGUUGUUUUCUUCCAAAAUUAGACAACUACUCCAAGAAACCAUGACCGCUUGUAAUCUUUGCAAACUCGAAGAAGGCCUCAGCAUCGUUAUAUCAAACAUGAUGAUUUUCUUUGUGUAAGCAGCAAUCUUAGAUAAAUUGUUUAGCCUUUCAGGGAAUAUGCAUAUUUGCCUUCAUCCUGAGAAGUAGAUGAAAAUAUUGAUACCGCAUUAAAUGAGCUUAAGCAAAGAGAAAGUUAGCACAAAGACUAACUUGUAAUCUGUACAAAGACUGUAGUAUAACGGCAAGUACUUUCUGGUUUCUUCCUGGAGGCAUGACGUCACAGUGAGGUCGGGAAACCAGCUGAGACUUGAAGAACUAACGGCUCCCAGAAUCGGUGUGACUAUAUAAUGACGAUAGUUCAAAGGCCCCAUUCACUCAGGUUACAGAACAGCCGAUGGCACGUUGAUGCAUUUGAAGCUCGGUGGUGUUUUGGCAGUGCUCGUCGAUCAAAAGGCGUCACCUGACCACCACGGUUGCCCCGCUGAAUACUCUCAGGCCUGCAAUGGCACCGCUGUCAUUGUUGGUUCGCCCAUAUCGUGUAUACAAAACAGAACCUGCUUACUUUUGGCUGACAACGGGUGCAGAGACCUGCAGGCCACAGGCCUGAGAAUAAAUCUCCCGGUCAUGGUGUUGAUGAUGUGGAAUCCGGGUCUCCAUAAAGGAUGGAUGAUGACGCUCAGCGAGGCAGGGAGGGAGCUCCGUUUCUCAGUCGUCUGGCCGUCUCUGUUUGUGUUCACUUGUUCUGCUUUAGCGGUCUCGGCCCUGUGUGGUCUCGUAUGCAGAGUCGAGCUUCAGUCAGGCCAAAACCAGGACGCGGCUCCUCCCGACCUACAUGCGCUCAGCGUGCAGGUUCUUUACUGGCUUUGGUAGCAUCGGUUCACACCCUUUAUUACUUAAGACAGUAUUUGUGUGCAAAGAGGUAAUAAUUACAUCCAUGGGUUUAUUUCUUGUCUUUUUAUAAUGAGGAUUUGGAACUGAAGUCCACUUUAAACUUCACCAAAUAUGAAUAUGUUUUUAUAGAAGCUGCUUCAAGGCCGGACAGCCUUUAUCAAAAAGAAAGAAAGAAAACUCAAAACGUUAUGGCAUUGGGUCAAAAAAGAUGUGAUCAAACAAGCCCGUCAUUCUCGACCAAACAAGCUGUGAGCUAAUUCUAAAAAAUUCAUUAAUGAUGAAUUAAAAACACAAACUAUAAGCUUACAUUUCAAACUGAAAUGUAUGUUUUUUUCACUAUCGCUGGGCUCUCAUUUUAAAUAUUUGUAUAUUCAAUACAGUUCUACCUCAUUUUCCAGUCCAGUGGAAAGUUGUCCAAUCUGUUAAUACUGAACUGGCAAAGACUCCUAAUCGGCAAUUGAUUUUCAUUGCUUCACCUCAUCAGUAAGUCGUGUCCAUUUCUCUUAUUGGGAAACACAACGUACAAUAGCAUAUUGCUGGCUGGUGGCCAUAGUACCUACUGUGGAACAGCCCACGCUCCCUCCCUCCCCAUCUUGACCCUCAAAGUUGAGAAAUAUUUGAUGACCAUUACGCAGGGUCCCCAUCAUGUUUUGUUUUCGCUCCCCUGCACAUGCGGCCCUUUCUCUGACAGAUGGAGUUUAGCAAAGAGGUUAAAGAUGACACAGUUCAGCUGGGUGGGAGUGGAGCGUAAUGAGGCCCGGGGCUUCUGCGGCCUGACGGCAGGAGCCCCGGGGAGCCAACGGGCCCUCUGAUCCGGCCCAGAGGACGCAGCAAACUACCAGCCGGCAGCUUACAAACUUUUGCUUGAGGUCUUUGGGAAUCACGUGAGAGCCUUCAGGGCCACGUUCUGUGGAUGUCUCAAUCUUCGGUUCAAACUCACACUGUAACGGUCAAAGGCUCGAGCUCAACUGCGAAAGGUCUCUGAGAAGUCAAGAGCUGGAAAUAACUUGGGAAAGUGACCACAAUGGGCACCCUGUUUUUAACCCAGGAGCCAUAUCCCUCACACAUCUCGUCCUCUUUCCUCUCUCUGUUUUUCACUGUAAAUGGACGGUGGAUUAUUUUUGUAUGUAGUUUUGUAAUGCACCUUUUGACAAGUUUGUACACCGGGUGUUAAGCGGUGCUCCCUUCCCAGCAGAACACAGUUACUUCCCCAGUCACCGUUAAUCACACAGUAUUACCACAAGUGCACAAGGAGGUAGGAAUGUCUACGUGAGGAUCUUCAUGCCGCCUUUCACAAUCUGCCAGCUUCUUGUGGAAAGCUCACUCCUCUGUUCUCAACCACAGGAGGUGCUAAAGAUGAUUGCUCGGCAUGUCAAGGCUUAACCCAUGACCAAGGUCAGAAAACUCUCACCGCAUUCUGAACGUCAACCGAGGGGCCGGAGCCAAAAAGCCCUUGUGAUGUGGAGCAGCAACAGAAAGAAGUGCAGAUCAUACGCCAAUUAUUUUUACAAGCUUGCUAGACAUGCUGAAAAAAAAUACCCCAGAGAAUGGAAGUUUUCAAAACAACUUUUAAACAAAAACCUAAACUGAAUUGUGACGUUACGGUGCUGCGAUUGGAGCUGCCAGCCAAACGUCUGUCCUGUGGUGCUGUUGUGAAGCCAGCACAGUUCAAUGAGCACCACUCUGUAGAACAGCUGUUGUGACUGAGCAACAGCUGUACACUUUGGCCAGAUCACCCGCCACUUUAGAAAAAAACAUUUUUUUAAAGUGGGGAGAUGCCUGAACAGAUCCCCUAACACUGGGAGGGCCAAACCUCCUAAGUGGUUGACUGGGAGCUCUUGUGCGUCUAUUGAUAUGAAGUCAGUGUACAGCACGUUCUGUUGCACAGACAGAUCUGUCCCAAAUACAUGGAAACCUCUCCGCCACUUAUCUCAGUGACAGUUGUACAUGGAUGCAUCAUCAUCAUCAAAGCAGGACAUGCCUCUUUAAUCACAGUAGAGAAAAUAAAUGCUAUCUUCCCCCUCAAAAUAAAUUUGGUCCUUAACAGGAAGUAGAUGCAUUUUAGCAACCGACAGAUGGUGUAAAAAACAACAUUCCAUACUUGCAUCAUUUGGGAAUAUCUGUCUGCAGUCCAACCCUUUCAGUCUCACUGUCUGUCUCACGUUCACAGACAGAAUAAAUGUUGUGUGUUUGUGUGUGUUACACAAAAGCUGAAACGCAGCACCGGUUAUGUGGAGGGAGUGCAGAGGCAGGGUGUCUGCCGCUGGUUCGGCUCUUCUGCCGGAGGGUGUUUUAUCAAACGUGGAUUUCCCUUCCUGAAAUGGAGUCAACUAGAGGUUUUGUGAUUUCCCAGGCGAAUGAGAAAUGCACCGUGUUUAUCGUGGGAUGAUGGGAAAAAAAAACCAGGACGGAGAGGGAAAAUAAAUAAAGAGCUGAAUCUUAAACCACAGGAAACAGGUUUUGAAUCUAAACAUGUAUAAGGGAGACGGGACCUGCUGCCUGUCAGAGAGACUUUUCCACUGCCGGGGGGCAAAAAGGUGUCUGAUCGUUGGCUUAAUUUCCUGCAGUUCCAGCAGUUCCAGCCAUCACCAGCGGAGUAUGAACGCACUUAAUAGUCUUCCCCUGUCGAGCAAAAGCAACACAACUGAAGUGUUGAUGUUCCAAGAAGUGUGGGGUCGCAGCUUCUGCCGGACCAUCGAGAAGCUCGUGGAGGUGGUGCAGGAGUACCCGUCGGAGGUGGAGCACAUCUACAGCCCCGCCUGUGUGCCGCUGGUGAGGUGUGCGGGUUGCUGCGGGGACGAAAAUCUGGAGUGCCACCCCACUCGCACCACAAACGUCACCAUGCAGCUGUUGAAAAUCAGGCCAUCAGAGCCGGGUCAGGAAUAUGUUGAGAUGACGUUUGUGGAGCAUCAGACAUGUGAAUGUAGAGUCAGGAAACCUAUUGUGAGUGUUGAAAGGAGAAGGCAAAGAGGAAGAGGAAGAAAGAGGAAGGAGAAACAGAAAACGAAAGAAUGUGACAGCUGCCAGAACCCACGCCGGUAACUGCAGCGGCGGUCAAACCCCCCCGCCCCCUUAUUCCCCCCCCCCCCCCCCCCCCCGCCCCGUUUGCAGUGUGGCUCGCUAUUUAUUUCCAACCACAGUGGCAGCAUCCAGAGUCUCCUCCGUGUCUGUAUCCAGAGACUCAAAGAGCCGGGGCUGUUGUGCUGACGUGACCUCCACCCGCUGACGGGCAGAGCGUUCGUAAAUGACGAGCUUCGAGCAGAAGUGUGCUUUGAUGAGGUGGAAACACUGUCUGUGACCCCUGACACAACGGACGUCCCUGGGAGCCAGUGCAAUGUCGAACCAAACAGACGCGACGCCUUCUCAUUUCUAUCGGUUAUUACUGUAUCAGUUAUUCUAAUUUGGUAUUUAAAGAUGGUUACACAUUUUUUAAUCUAUAUUUAUUGAUACA